UUAACAUCGAUGUUCAUUGAUCCAAAAUGACAUCCAUCGUCAAAUUAUUCGUCGUAUCCCCAGACACCCGUUCUGAGCGUCGCUUCGACCUCCACGUAACGAUCCAACAACUCAAGGCGAAACUAGAGCUCAUCACAGGCAUCCCCGUUCAGAAUCAGAAAAUAUUGUUGCACAAUGGCGAUGACGAUUCUCAGGUCGUCGCGCAGCUGGAUGAUGAUGCUAAGCCGCUUGGGUACUACGGUGUUCGGGAUUUCCAGACGAUCAAGAUUGUAGAUACGAACCCUUCGACGUCGUUUACGGGUCAACUCUCCGAUGUAUCGCAAGUAGAGAAGUUCGAGCUCAGCGACGACGCAUACGCACAACGAACUGACUCCGUGUUGGCUUACAAGCAAAGACAUAAAGUAGGGCGCUUUGCGCCCUCUUCAACAGAACCUACUCCUGAUCCUACGGUAAACAUCCCCAUCGGAUCACGCUGCGAGGUAGAAUCAACAGAACCGGGCUUGAAUAAGCGUGGUGCAGUUCGGUUUUUUGGUCAGACUGAGUUUGCUGCUGGACUUUGGGUCGGUGUCGAGUAUGAUGAGCCGAUGGGCAAGAAUGACGGGUCUCUCAAAGGGGUGCAGUAUUUUACAUGUCGUCCGAACUACGGAGUGUUCGUACGCCCUACAAAAGUCACAGUCGGUGACUUCCCUGUGGAAGAGAUCGAUUUUGAUGACGAAGAAAUCUGAUGGGGUGUUGACGUACUCGUUGUAAUAUAUCCGCUGAGGAUUCACAGCUGUUAGAGAUCCAUGAUUAGGACCUUAAGGUGUAUUGAAACCCUCACCCUACCCCAAUGCCUCGGACAGGCCAGCCUUGGCAGCAAAACGCACUGUCCCCUGGUCCUCAGGACUCUAUAUGACUUGUGCCACGCACGAACCUAUGGCGAUGCGGCACUGGAAAUAUGCAUGCUAGUCAUAUUAUGAGACGGACAUGACACAUGACGUGCGUGUUAUUGGCCAAAUGCCCGUUUAUGUGUAGGUCACCGAGUUACCACUGUGUAGAGGAAAACAGUGGUUCCUUUCGAAUAAUGAGUCGUACGAUUGUCGUGACCAUAAUAUAAAAACACUUCUAGCUCCUGUCUGUUGAUUAGAUCAUGGACGAGCGACGUGCGUGUUUGAUCG